AUGGAAAUCCCCGAGAGUAAAAAUUCAAUUGUAUCUCAAGAUACAAUUUCUUCCAAUGAAACCGAUAUUCGUGCUCCCAAAUAUAUCAAUUGGAUUUACAAUUUAGAUAGAUGGGGAGUUGAAGUCCGAGGAAUUGAAAGAGUAAGUGAACAAGAACGAAUUGAACUUGGUCAAAAAAUCCCUACAUGGCAUUUAUUCAUUCAAACACUUGGUCUUUGGUGGUCGGCAUGUGGAGGACUCACGACAAUGUCAUCAUUUUUCUUACCUACCCUUUUAUUUGGUUUGAACUUACGUGAUGCGAUGAUCAGUGGAUUAAUAGGAAUGAUUAUUGGUUGUCUUGUUCCUGCUUAUAGUUCGACAAUGGGACCAAAAUCUGGUUGUCGACAAAUGGUCACGGCAAGAUUUUUAUUUGGGCAAUGGGGGGUCAAGUUUGUGGCAUUAAUUUGUAUUGUUGGCGGUAUUGGAUGGUCAGUGGUCAAUUGUGUAUUGGGUGGACAAAUGCUCCUUGCGAUAAAUCAUAAUAUUUCAUUGGCAGUAGGGAUUGUUGUUAUUGCAAUAAUUAGUUUAAUUGUUGCAGUUUUCGGAAUUAAAGUGUUAUUAAAAUUUCAAACUGUUUUUUCAAUUCCAAUUUUUAUUGCUAGUAUAUUGUUUUAUGUUGUUGUUUGUCAAAAAGCUAAUUAUAUUGGUGAAUCAAAUAAAUUGAUAAAUGACGCUGGUUAUUCAAAAGUGACUUUCAGGGGUAAUUGGCUCAGUUAUUUUUCUCUUUGUUAUUCAGUCACAGCUACUUGGGGUAGUGGAGCCGCUGAUUAUUAUAUAUUGUACCCUGCAAGUACCCCUUCAUAUCAAAUAUUCUUAAUUACAUUUUUGGGUAUUGCCGUGCCAUCGACAUUUGUCGCAAUAGCAGGAACAAUAUGUGGUAAUUUCGCCUUGUCAUACAAGCCAUGGAAUGAUGCUUACAAUGAAUUUGGUGUGGGUGGGUUAAUUGUCGGGACAUUUUCUCAUUGGGGGAAAUUUGGGAAAUUUGUUGCUGUAUUGUUGUACAUUUCCUUGAUUUGUAACAAUAUUAUGAACACUUAUUCAGUUGCAUUUGAAUUUCAAUUAGUGGAUCUGAGAUUGACAUAUGUUCCUCGAUGGAUAUGGGCUACUAUAGUCACCAUUAUCUAUCUUGUUUUAUCUGUCUGUGGUAGAAAUCAUUUCCUGACAAUUUUAAGUAAUUUUUUACCCAUGCUAGGAUACUGGAUCACAAUGUAUAUUGCAUUAUUGUUAGAAGAAAAUUUCAUUUUCCGAUCUACUUUCAAAGUUAGAAAAUUACACGAACAUGAGUUUGAUGGAGAUUAUAAACAAAUGUAUAAUUGGACAAAUUGGAAUAACCCUAAGGGUAGAACAUUGGGGCUUGCAGCUUGUUUUGCAUUUCUUUGUGGAUGCGCUGGAGCAAUUAUUGGAAUGAAUCAAGUUUAUUAUAAAGGCCCCAUUGCUAGAAAAGUUGGUGAAUAUGGUGCUGAUUUAGGGAUGUGGAUUUCAUUUGGAUUUACCGCUAUAACAUAUCCAGUAUUUAGAUAUAUUGAGUUGAGACUAUUGAAGAAAUGA